AUGAGCCAGGAACAGCCACAAAGACACCGACCGGACCAGUCCACGGUUGAGGAACCUAUCAAAUACGGAGAAGUCUUCAAUGUCUCCGGCGAAUUAGCCGACAGGCCCGUCGCACCCCGCCACGCUGCCACUGCCCAAGCUGCUGAAAACCUAGUGCUUGGAGAGAAUAUGAGGGGUGGACCAGCUGCUGUCAUGCAGUCGGCAGCUAGACACAACGAGCGCUUUGGCCUUGUUGGCCACCGCGACGCCACUAAAGUCGCCCGAGAGAAAGGCGUCGCCGUUACUGAUGAAACAAUUAAUCCCGACGGCAACCGGGUUGUCACUGAAAAAGUUGCUGGACUAGUUGUGGCACAAUAUGUUGAGCCACCGGUGCCAGUGGCUUCUCCAGGAGAAGCGCUUGAUCGAAAUGCAAUUACAAUUAGUGAAGCGCUGGAGGCCAGUGCUCUGUCAGCAGGAGACAAACCGAUUGAACAAAGUGACGCCGCUGCAAUACAGACGGCUGAAAUGAGAGCCACUGGAUGCAACAAGAUAGCACUCGGCGGUGUGGCGGCUGUAGCUCAGCAUGCAGCUUCUGUUAACCUGCGCGACGUCAAUAAAACGAAACUUGGUGAUGUGUUAGAGGAUGCAACUCAGAAGUUGCCUGCGGACAAACCUGUGACUAGAGAGGAUGCAAGGGCGGUGAUAGGAGCGGAGAUACGGAACAGUCCGAAUAUGCCCACUACUCCAGGCGGAGUUGCUGAAUCGCUCGCGGCAACGGCUAGGCUUAACCAGAACUGGGAAUAA